CAUGUGUAAAUUCCUAAAACAAAAAAAAAGAAAAAAAGAAACAUUUUCGAUGAUUUGUAAAUUUGAGAUUAAGAUAUUAUCGGCGGGUUUCAGCAAGGGAGUUAACUCAGCAACAUCUCCCGCGCCAUGAACACACUCCUACUCCCUCUUUCUCUCUCCUCCUUCACACUUCUUUUUCCUCAUUCAUCCUCAACUCUCAAAUUCCCAAAAUUAGGGUUGUAUUCUCUCAAUUUACCUCGCAAUUCUCAAUUUCAAACACUCUACAACUCAUCAAAAUCACUCUCUUCCGUUGAAAACCAACUUUCCGACGCCGAAGAAGAUGAAUUCGACGACGACGAUGAUGAAGCUGCUGAGGAAUACGACGAAGAUUCCGGAGACGCUACGGAAAUUUCCGGCGAAUUGGAGGAAGAAGAUGAAUUAGAAAUUCAAGAUGAGGAGUUAAUUGCGUCGUCGUGGAGUACUAAUGAUACAAAAUUACAAAGAGUUCAGAAAUUUUGUGAUGAAGUUAGAGAAUUUGGUGCUGGAAUUAUUGACGUCAAUGAACUUACGUCCAUAUAUGAUUUCCGAGUUGAUAAAUUUCAGAGAUUGGCGAUAAAAGCAUUUUUAAGAGGUUCUUCUGUGGUAGUUUCUGCGCCGACAAGUAGUGGCAAGACUUUGAUAGCCGAGGCAGCGGCAGUUGCCACAGUUGCUAGAGGAAAGCGGCUGUUUUAUACAACUCCGCUUAAAGCAUUGUCAAACCAGAAAUUUCGCGAAUUUCGGGAUACAUUUGGAGAUAGUAAUGUCGGCCUUUUGACCGGAGAUUCUGCUAUUAAUAAAGAUGCUCAAGUUUUGAUCAUGACCACAGAAAUUUUACGGAACAUGUUGUAUCAAAGUGUUGGAGUUGUUUCUUCUGGAAGCGGACUAUUUGAUGUUGAUGUGAUUGUUUUGGAUGAAGUACAUUAUUUAAGUGACAUAUCUCGUGGUACUGUUUGGGAGGAGACAGUCAUUUAUUGCCCAAAAGAAGUACAACUUAUCUGUUUGUCAGCAACUGUUGCAAAUCCAGAUGAGUUAGCUGGUUGGAUUGGACAGAUUCAUGGUAAAACAGAAUUGGUAACAUCGUCGAAACGACCUGUACCAUUGACUUGGCAUUUUUCUACCAACACAUCUUUGCUUCCUCUUCUUGAUGAGAAAGGGACAAGUAUGAACAGGAGACUUUCCCUCAACUAUCUACGCCUUUAUGCUUCAGCGGAGAAAUCUCACAAACAUGAGGGAUCUAGACGAAGAAAUUCUAGAAGGCACAAAGAUGAUAGUGAUUUGAUCUAUGAGGAGUAUGGUAGCAUGUCAGGACAAUCAUCUCUGUCAAGAAAUGACAUAAAUAUGAUCCGUCGUUCAUUAGUUCCUCAAGUUGAAGAUACAUUGGAACAUCUUAAAGUAAGGGAUAUGCUGCCUGCAAUUUGGUUUAUUUUUAGCAGAAAAGGUUGUGAUGCUGCUGUUCAGUACCUUGAAGAUUCCAAGCUUCUAGAUGAUUGUGAGAAGGUUGAGGUAGAACUGGCCCUGAAACGAUUCCGUAUUCAGUAUCCUGAUGCUGUCAGAGAAUCUGCUGUGAAGGGUCUUCUACGGGGUGUUGCUGCACAUCACGCUGGUUGUCUGCCCCUGUGGAAGUCAUUUAUAGAAGAACUUUUCCAGCGAGGUCUCAUCAAGGUUGUUUUUGCCACAGAAACACUUGCUGCAGGGAUCAAUAUGCCUGCUAGGACAGCUGUUAUUGCAUCUCUCAGCAAAAGGAGUGAAGCUGGACGUGUUCAGUUAAGAUCUAAUGAGCUGCUUCAGAUGGCAGGCCGUGCCGGACGUAGAGGUAUAGAUGAUAGGGGUCAUGUAGUGCUUAUUCAGAGUCCCUAUGAAGGUGCUGAAGAAUGCUGCGAGCUUCUAUUUUCUGGUGUGGAACCUCUUGUUUCACAGUUUACUGCUUCCUAUGGAAUGGUUUUGAAUCUUCUUGGGAGUGCAAAAGUUACUCGGGGUUCAAAUGAAGCAGAUGGCACCAGGAUUUCUCAAGCGGGGCGAUCUUUGGAAGAAGCGAGGAAAUUAGUGGAGAAAAGUUUUGGAAACUACUUGGGAAGCAAUGUAAUGCUUGCAUCAAAAGAGGAGCUUGGUAGAGUUCAAAAGGAAAUAGAAUUAUUAAGUGCAGAAGUCAGUGAUGAUGCCUUUGAUAGGAAAAUCAGGAAAAUUUUGUCAGAAUCAGCCUACAAAGAGAUUGCUGAUUUGCAAGAAGAAUUAAGAGAAGAAAAACGUCUCAGAUUUGAAUUUCGACGAAGGAUGGAAUUGGAGAGGAUGUCUUCUAUGAAGCCUCUAUUGAAGGAAUUGGGCAACGGGAACUUACCUUUUUUGUGUCUUGAAUAUAAGGAUACUAAUGGUGUUGAGCACUCAAUUGUCGUUGUGUACUUGGCAGAGGUCAACUCACUUGAUGGAUUGAAAAUAAAGAAUCUUGUUCAGGAUAAUGUCUUUAAGUCAAACAUAGUGGAAACAGAACCACAUACUGGUGCUUCUGAAAGACUUCAAUUUUUCGAGCCUUCUUAUCAUGUGGCUCUUGGAUCAGACAAUUCUUGGUAUCUUUUCACUGAAAAGUGGAUCAAAACAGUAUACAAAAGGGGCUUUCCAAAUAUGGCCUUAAAUGAAGGUGAUCCUUUGCCAAGGGAAAUCAUGUCCAUGCAUCUUGACAAGGAAGGAAUGGAGUGGUCCAGACUUACUGAUUCUGAGCUAGGAGGUUUAUGGCAUAUGGAAGGAUCUUUGGAGACAUGGUCUUGGAGUUUAAACAUUCCUAUGUUGAGUAGCUUAUCAGAAGAAGAUAAGGCAUCACACAUGUCUGCUGCACAGCUUGAGGCAGUAGAAUGCUACAGAAAACAAAGGAAUAAAGUUUCACACUUGAAGAAAAAGAUAACUCGUACAGAAGGCUUUAAAGAAUACAAGAAAAUGGUUGAUCUGGGAAAGUUAAUUGUUGGAAAGAUUAGGCGCCUGAAGAGCAGAGAAAACCGUUUGGUUGAUCGAAUUGAGCGGAUUGAACCUUCAGGAUGGAAGGAAUUUAUACAGAUCAGCAAUGUUAUUCAUGAAACUAGGGCCUUAGAUAUCAAUACAAAUGUAAUUUUUCCUCUGGGAGAAACUGCCUCGGGAAUUCGAGGAGAAAACGAGCUUUGGCUUGCUAUGGUUCUUCGAAACAAAGUACUUUUGGACCUAAAACCGGAACACCUUGCUGCUGUCUGUGGGAGCCUAGUAUCUGAAGGGAUAAAAGUACGGCCAUGGAAGCAUAACAGCUUUAUAUAUGAAUCCUCCUCCACUGUAAUCAACGUUAUAGAUUAUUUGGAGGAUCAAAGGCAAUGUCUGUUGCAGCUGCAAGAUAAACAUGGUGUACAGAUAUCAUGCUGCUUAGAUAGCCAAUUUUCUGGUAUGGUUGAAGCCUGGGCCUCUGGUCUGACUUGGCGGGAACUUAUGAUGGAUUGCCCAAUGGAUGAGGGAGAUCUAGCUCGACUCCUACGACGGACUAUUGAUUUAUUAGCUCAAAUUCCUAAAAUGCCAGAUAUAAGCCCAGUCUUACAGAGCAAUGCAAUGGCCGCAUCAGGGGUCAUGGAUCGAUCACCAAUUAGUGAAUUAGCAGGAUAGUGCCUGUAUAUACACUCCAAGCUGCUGAUGAAUUGGCACAGAAGUGUUAGACUUGUAACCAAUCUCAAAGGCAAGGUAUAUUUUUUCAGUGUAAAUUGUUCUCUUUAAAUCCAAUUUACAUCUGCUACAGAUCAUAGAAUGAACUUUUUGGAGAAAGCAACAUAGAAUUGAAUAUUUUUAGGCACUAAUGCAUGUAGCUUGGCUGUAUAUUUGAGGCCUUUUGGUCGAUUUGAUGUAUAGUCACAAAGUUUAUUUAGAUUUGUAGAUCUUACUCCAAGUGUCCGAGUCUAAUUUAAUUAUAAGGUCCUGUAAAAGAUAAUUUUUUAAGCUGAUGAAAUGAAAUUCUAGCCUAAAUCAA